AUGUCGGUGGCAUCGCUAGUUCCUGCGAACAGCCAGAGAAGCAGAGCGACGGCUGUGAAGUCUUUCGAAGACUUCCUUGCGAAGAAGGAGCUGACGCUCACAGAAGUGCAUGAUCGUAUUUCUAAGGACAGCACAGAUAUAAAGACUAUCAUCUCGGCUCUCUACAUGGACGCUUCCGCCAACUCCGACUACCUGGAUGCGGUGCUAGUGGCGUUGAUGUGGUACCUCUACGGUCGUGGUUCUGAGGCUGAGCAAUUGGAGAAAGCCCAGCUGUGUGUAUUCCCCGGCGAUAUGAUAUUUCUCCGCUUUAAGCGUGUGAAGACUGCUUCGCAACAGGGAAUCUCCCUGUUUAAGGAUCCUAACGAUCCCUUCCCGUGCCCGUUACACGUGCUAGCUGUCGCUCUCGCCCUUCAACCCGCUCCAGGAACUCGCAUCUUCCCGCAAUUUGCUGACGUACCUGCGCUGUCCGCGUCCGACGACCAAGACGACGAUGGCGAGCUGGGGCUGAUUGCGCAGCUAGACCGCGAGCUUGCGGAAGCACCUACAUGCAAGACUCCACAGCCACGUCGAGCCAACUCGGCCCCUGGUGCCCAAGCUUAUAUCAAUAGACUAUUAGUCACGGUUAGUGGACUGCCAGCAGCAAAGGAGAGUGGACUCACGAAGGGACUUACCUCGCACUCCUUCAGAAGAGGUGGGGCCAUGCACGCCAACGCCGACAGUCGCAUUAGGCCGAACUGGGUUGUUGAACGCGGGGGCUGGAAUAUGUCGCGCGUGAGCAAGGCGUUUUCCUACAUGCUGAACACAACACACGAAGAUCAACAAGCUGCGCGCCAAUUGAGCGGGUGGAACCCGCAAGCGGGCGCCCGACUUCCAGACCUUACCGCCAUGGACGGAGUCGUCCGAGCGCGCGUGGAGAAGCUGCAGGAUCUCCUUUUCGCUGCUGUGCUCGAAGUGUUGAUGGCGACCUUGAUCCUUCACUUCCCCGAGAUGGAACGCCAUCGCUUGGAUAGCCCGUACGUCCGUCGCAUUCAUGAAGCCCUUGGUGUCCUCAACAUACAGGCCUCCGAGCUGUUGGGAUGGUCGAUCACCCUCCGAGCUGCAUUCAAUCCACCUGCAGAAGAGAAACAAGAAUCAGCGGGCGAGUCCUCUCAAAACAUGAUCCGUGUUCUCGAAAAGCUGUCGCAGCAGCUCGACAAAACAAACACUACCGAGCAGCAGCACGAAGACGUUGAGCAGUCGCAGCCAAAGCGCGCGCGCAAACGUGCCUCCAAAGCGCUAUCGACAGUGUGGUUCGAGUGGUUCACUGCUGUACCACGCAUGUACGAAUCAACAACAGUUAGCAAAGCCAUCCUUCACGAGUCACGACACGCAGUUGCAUUCAUGAUGCUCUGCUUACCUUCUGGGUUCAAGCUGGAUCCGGCCUCGCCAGCGUACAAGGCGGAGGUCCACGCUGUUGGAGUCGAAGCCGAGAAGAAGACGCUUGAAUACUUGGCUCCACAAGGCUCACAGGCUGUAGCCAUUGGCUCGGACGUCAAAGCCAUGCGUGCGCUUCACAAAGCAGACCACCUUUCCGUCCUCCUUGACCAGUUUCGCGAGUGCUACUAUGAAGGCGAAGUCGUCGACCCGACACCCAAUUCUGCCCUUCCGCCAUUCCUGCGCUUCACCUAA